UGAAGAGAGGUCGAUGGGGAAGGCUGAAUGAAAGAGGGAUAAUGAUAGGGGGUCAAUUAGUUUUGGAAAUGAAAGGAACUUGAAGAUAGAGAUUGGGAGCAGCGAGAGAUGGCAGCCCAAAUUGUGUGAGAGAAAUGAUUGAUGAAAGUGGAGAAAUAGGAAGUCAUGAGAGAGAGGGGGAGAAGAAUGGAAGCAACAACAGAAAUUCUCGAUUAAUUGUCAGAGAGUGAAAUUGAUUGGAAGAGUUUAUAAUCAACGACAAAAUCUGCAGCAAAAUUGGAGAAAAUCCUUGCUUUAUUUUGUAUCAUGCAAGAUACCUUACGAUUGCUGCUGCUGAAGAGUGAAGAGUUUCUUUGUGAUUGAAGACAAUAAAAUUGUCACUUUUCAACAUCAAAUAAGGGUGUAAGGGCUAUUUUGUUGAGCCAUGGAAGGCAACUACCCUCCUGGUUUCUACUGCCCCGAAAGAGAUCAACAAGACAGUCGACAACAUCAGCAACCUCAACAGCAACCACCACCACCACAUCAGCAACAUGUUGCACCUUACCCUAUGGACUUGCCUUACCACACAACCUCGCAUUCACAACAACCUGAUUUUGUCAUGGACCAGCCUAUUAGAGCGUUCCCUGCUCCGCAUCAUACAUCUAUAUUGCGAUCAAUGUUUCCUGAGUCGACUCCAAUGCUUCCAAGCCCCAAUCUCAUGCAGCAGACUCGACAGCAGUCACCGUACAGUGCCAGAGGUCAUGGGGUCAAAUCUACGGCACUGACCGGAGAGUUUGCCCCACCUAUCACAACUCCAGAACCGGUGAUGACAAACAAUACAACUCAACAUCAUGGCGAGGUACCUGCUCCAGCACCUUCCAAGAAAACCCAAGCUAAAGAGCAACGCAAGCAGGCUCCUGCAUCCUCUCAUAAACCAAGCACAAGUCCCCAGGACCAGAACGCCUCGGCCGCCGAUCCUCAGCUUCUCUCGGCCCUCAAUCUAAAAAAGAAUGCCAUCAUAUCGUCCAGUCAGGAGCUUCCAAAGGGACUCAUAUUCAAGGUGGCCUCGGAGGACAAGGUGGAGGGGGUGGUUGCUAGGGAUACGAUGGAGAAAGGGGUGGAGUUUGGACCCUAUACCGGGACAUUAUUGGAUGAGGAGCAGGGCUGGAUGAAGGAGACAUCAUGGGAGAUAUGCAAUCCAGGUGGAGUCUUCUUGUACAUCGACGGACGCAAAAACUGGAUGUCACACAUCAGAUGCGCAAGGAGCGAAGAGGAGCAGAACAUGGAGGCGUAUCAGCAUUAUGGCAAUAUCUACUUCAGAAGCACAAAGGUAAUUCAACCAGGAAGUGAACUGAAGGUUUUCUAUGAUGAGGAGUACAAGAAGUGUGUCGGGAUUCAGACGAGGUUUCAGGAUCUCAAAUUUGAUCAAGAUUCACAGAAGUUCCAAUGCAGCCAGUGUGAGGAGCUGUUCACAUCAACCAAACUAAUCCUGAGACACAUAAGAUGUGAACACACCAUUGGGAAACCAGAUGAGAUGAUCGCUGUACUCACAUGGAAGAAGAAAAAGAAGAAAUCAAUAGAAACGGAUGUCAACACCAAACAGCCUGUCCGAAAAGAGAUAGUGGAUAGUGACAAGAAAGAGGUAGUCAGUGACACGAAAGAGGUAGCUAAGGAUGCAAAAGUGAUAGAGUUUAAAUGCGGAACCUGUGGGAAGGUAUUUCCUUCAUGCGGGAGAUUGAAAGCCCAUGAGGUGUUCCACGAUGACUGUCAAGAGCAUGCCUGUCCUGUAUGUGGUAAAGGGCAGGCCAAUGCAAAGACUCUCGCGAAUCACAUGAUCAUACACGAUCCAAAGUUCCAAGUGUGUAAGAAAUGCAACCAGAAGUACAGGACAAGGGCGGCCCUUGCGAAACAUGAGAUGGACGCCCAUAGCUAUCAAUGCAGGUUCUGCUCUGAACGGUUCCUGAAGAAAGGUCAUUGUCUGAAGCAUGAGCAAACCCACCAAGGCUUCAAGCCAUCCAAGACUUCGGCGAAGAAGCAGGCGCCGCCUGCGAAGGCGAAGGAAUCACCUCCCAAGAUUCACCAUCCAUCAGAACCAUCUCCAGAUGAACCAAAGGACAUGCUUGGUAAAGGCACUCACUACUAUCUUCAGCAGCGACCCUUCAAGUGCCGCUUUUGCCCCAAGAGGUACGUCUUACGUAAGAAGGUCAGUGAACAUGAGCGGGAACACCACACAGGAGAUGCAGCCUACAAAUGCAGUUACUGCCCUAAGCUGUUCAUCAGUGAGGCUAAGAUGCUGGUCCAUAUUAAUAGCCACGAGCAGAACCGCAUCUAUCGCUGCAAGCUGUGCCCUCGGACCUUCGCGUCGGAGAGCGCGCUGAACAACCAUCAAGAUGAACACACCGGACUGAAACCGAUCAAGUGUGAAAUCUGCGGCAAAGGGUUCCGAGUCAAGAAGGCCGUUGCUGCGCAUAGGAGACGCAUGCAUCAGGAACGGCCGAAGCGGUUCUUCUGUUCCGUCUGUGACAAAGGGUUCUGUGAUAAAGCCAAUCUCAUCAAACACGAGAGACGACACAAGGGCAUUAGACCCUAUGUUUGCCUAGAAUGUGGGAAAGCAUUCACAGGAAAUGCCGCUCUCACAGCUCACAAGAAGGCGUUGCAUACAGAAAAGAAGGCCUUCUCUUGUGAGAUUUGUAAUAAAACAUUCUCUUUGAACCAGCAUUACACUUAUCAUAUGUUCAAGCAUAGAGUUAAAGAAGAUAGUAGUCUAUGUAGUAACACUAGCAAUAUGAAGUAGGUUUAAAAUUGCAACUCUAGUAACUGUUGAUGGAAUUUCCAGCAUGUCUAUUUCCAGAACACCAGGGAUUAUGGCCCAGCCCAUAUGAACUAUUCCAGACUCUUUGCUUAUUUUGAAAAACUUUUAAACGCUAUAAACAGGUGGUUAGGGUUAACCGGCAGGGGUGAAAAAGUUGCUGAAAGUUUGCAUUUCAUAUCUUUACAUCCAUGGAAUGGCUAUCUAUUUUCAAUGUUUCCUUGAAAUUGUUUUGAUAUAGUUGGAAACUAUCAAGAAAGUGAAGAAUAUUCCCUUCUUUCUGGACACUGAAAGAAUAUUGAGUCGAUGUCACCCUUAUAUUUACAAAAUGAUUUUUAUUGUAUAUGCAUUACUUUUUCCGAGUGAAAGGCACGUAUUCAUGAUUCUACUCCUUUGACUUGUAAAUGCUCAGGGUGACGUUUUUGUCUGUUUUAAGAUCUUGUUUUCAAAGUGUAACUCAGAAUAAAUUGCAUUAUCUUGCCACUUUUCCUUACAAAUCUAAUUACGAAUUACAAUGCUAUACUUGUCAUGGAGGAAAAAAAUAAUGAAGUGCUAAGGGUAAUAGCCCUGAAGUAUUUAUUUAUUUUUUUGCAAAAUUCAAAAUUUAGUUGGACUGUAAAUCUAAAUGCUGUAGGUAAGCAACGAAUCAGUAAUCAAUUGUUAAAUGAUCUUUUCACAAUGUUGAAUGUUUUUAGCAAUCAUGUACAACUCGACUGACAUUUAGCAAUUGAUUUUGGAACGCUUGUUGGAACGCUCCCCAGGGAAUGGAGAAAGUGCAUACAUUGUAUGCGGGCAUGCCAUGAUCCAAUGACCAGGGUAAUAAUAUAUCUGUAAAGCGCAUAGAGACGUUCUGUUGUAUUAAGCGCUAUAUAAAAGCAGAUUAUCAUUAUUAUAAAGAUCAUUAUCAAGCUCAUUUUCUUUGAUCAACUCAUAGGUUUUUCAACUCAUAAAAACUCCAGAAACGAUUGCGCUCUAUGUUCUUUAUCAGCAUUUUUAUUGACCUCCCCAAGAGGGUUAGUAAGAAAUUUUGAGAUGAACAUAAUUAAAGCUUAGCUGUUUUCUGGCUCUUUUGGAAGGCUAGAAGUAUUGAAUUUUCAAACUAUGAUGGUACAAUGUAUUAGAAAUUGAGUGACACCGUUAGAGACUUUUGUACAAUCAAUCUACUGUGUGAGUAAAAAAAACUUGACACCUCUCAAAUCACCAAUUUAAGGAAAAUUAUAUCAUGAACACAUAAUUAUUAUAUAUGACCUGAAAGAGUAUGUUCUCCCAAAUAAUUUGAUACCAUAUUUAUGUGGUAUGUGUUAAUGCUUGGAUGAUCAGGAGGUAUUCUUUUCAGUGGUGUAAAUUUUGAUAUGCGCCAAUGACUCCAAUGAAUGAAUUCAGAUGUCAGUGAUGUCAUGAUCCUACAACGCACUAGCAUACGCAGGAUUUUUAAAGGUAGGGGGUUCAAGCUGAAUGAAAUUUUGACAACCAAAAAAAAAAGAUAAGGUCUUCACCAAAACUUUUAGGUUGUUUCCUACCCCCAAAUAAAUUGACAAGCAAAAAAAAAAGGUCUUCAACAAAUUUUUAGGGGGGGGGGUUUGGUAUCAAAAAAAUUUAAGGGGGAUUUUGAACCCCUGUAACCCCUCCCUUUUGUACGCUGCUGCUGCUGCAUUAAAUUCCAUUCCAAAACACCUUUUAGAUAAUUUACAUUACAAUUGUUUAGUAAACACUUUAGUAUUAAUUCUAGAUGUCAUUGAAAUGUGAUUUGCAAAUAUGUUUAGUAACUCAUGUAGGAUCAUGACAUCAAUGGCAUCUGGGUUCAUUUAUUGCAUUCAUGCCUUACUUUGGCACAAAUCAAAAUUUACAUCACUGCAAAGAAUACCUACUGAUUAUUCAAGCCUGGAGACAUACCAUAUAAAUAUGAUAUAAAAUUAUUUGGGAGUAGAUACUCUUUCUAGCUAUAUAUAAUGAUAUGCAUUCAUGACAUAUUUUCCCUUUAAAAUGGGGAUUUGUGAGGUGUCAAGUUUUGUUAGCUCAUCCGGCCCGAAGGGCCAAAUGAGCUUAUUUUUAUUCAUAUGGUAGUUCAAAUAUGUAUUUUUUUAUUGUAUAGAUUUUGGACUCUUGGGUCUGUUGGGACACUUAGUGAAAAUUGAGGGAAAAAAAACAUAAAUGUAGUGCAAUUUAACAAAUUCAACAUAGGGAUAGAGAUGUAUUGGCCUACUGUUAGUUUUGAUUAGAUUAGAUAGUCAAUAGAAUGAAGAGUAUGAAAUAAAUGAAAUCAUCCAAUCGCUGUUAUCUCUUAACAGAAGACUAGUAAGUCCAAUUCUUUCCCAUGAUUGGUCUCUGUUCAUUUGACUCCGAGUGAAGCCAACAUCGUCAACAACUCGAUUAUUUGUAAUCAUGUCAGAUAAUAUUCCCCAUAAUUAUGUUGUAUAUAGAAGUAUUUAUAAUUCAGUAUUUUUUCUCCAGCUAUUUUGAGGCAUGGCCCCAUAUUUGAAAGUCAUCACUAAUGAAGUAUACAUCUAGUUUUUAUGUUUUCCAUUCAUGUAUUCCUCAUUGAGUAAUAAGAGGAAUGAUUAUGUAGCAAAUCGUGAAGAGAUGUACAAAAUAUUUAAAAUAUGCAAUAUUUCAGAUGUAC